CGCUCCCCGCCUGGGAAGUGCCUGAAAAUGUCGGGCCGGGGCAGAGCUGGGGGGCCGGGGAAAGGGGAGGGCGCUCCCCGGCUCCCCUCCCACCCUCUCCGGAUAAAUGGGCCGGCGGGAGGCGGCGGGCGGGCGGCAGCAGCUUGCGGCGGAGCGCGGCCCCUCCGGCCUCGGCUCCCCCGCCGCGCCCAGCGCUCCCUGCCGGCGGGGCCGGCCCGGGCUCCGCCGCGUCCCGGUUCUUUCCGUGGGGCCGGGGGAUUGCGCCUCUUUUCUUCCCUUCUCACCCUCCCUGCCCCGGGGAGCCGCCUGGGGGAAGGCAGCCGGGGCAGCCCGUCCCGCCCGGGCUCCGGCAGACUGGUGGCGGCCAGCGGGACUCGGGGCGGGGGGCCCCCGGGCGCCCUUCUUCCCCUUCCCUCCCUCCCUCCUUGGGAGGCGCUGGAGGAUUUUCUCCCGCUGCGACCCCCUCGCUGCCCCCCAGACAUGGUAGGUCACCUCCAGCUGCAAGGGAUGGACGAGAGCCUGAAGGAGAAGAGCCGGGAAGGCUUGCUGGACAGCCCGGACUCGGGGCUGCCCCCCAGCCCCAGCCCCCCUUUCUACUCCCUCUCGCCCGGCGAGGGCCGAGCCGGGGGGGGCAGCAGCGGUGCGGACCCCCCGGCCCAGGGGCACCGGCGAGAAGCCAAGGACGGCAAAGUGAUGCCUUACCUGCUCCUGAACCCGACCAUGCCGGAGAUGAGGCCUCGAAUGUACCCUGUGUUUUUUGGAGAAAGCAUUGAAGUCAGCCCUGAGCCCGUGCAGGAAAUUAGGUGCAAUUCUGAGGUGAAGUACGACUCUGAGAAGCAUUACCGGGAUGACAUCUUCUACGGCCCCAUCCCCACUGUCACCACCUACAGCGAGACCGUCAUCGCUGCACCCAACUGCACCUGGCGGAACUACAAGUCCCAGCUGAUCUUCGAGCCUCGCCAGAAGCCACUGAGGUUUCAGAGCACGACCAUCAUUUUUCCUAAGCGUGCCAAGAACAUUUACCGGACCACCCUCAACUACAGCCUGGGCUGUGCCAAGCGCUGGUUUUCUUCCAGCGUGCAGCUGGAACUUUGCGAGGAAACCAGCCCGUGUGUCAUCUACAGCGAGACCCUCUGAUCCACCCUGCCGCUGGCAACCUUGUGACCUCAAGGAGGCUGUGGCCUUUGCUGGGUCUCUGGUUGGGCCCUCACUGAUGACGACUAAAUAUUAAUGGCUGGAGAAAACGUCAUCUUGGGUGAGGAUGAACUGGCUGGGAGGAGGCUUGCAGGGCAUGGGAUGGUUUUGAUCAGUGGAAGGCUGGCUUGCAUUUUGCGACGUUCCUGACAUUCGUGAUCUGGAUUUUAUUUUAUUUUAUUUUUUCCAAGCAUAUCUAUUUUUGACUUGUGCUUAGAUGAAAUCAAGAUGACUAAGGACCCUAUUACCCAUAGCAGAGUGCUGCCUUGUGAUCUCUGAAGGUCUUGUCUAGCACAUAGGCAAGACUCACUUCAGAGCUAUUUUGGUCUUCUUCAGAAAAGACCAACUGCAGAGUCAGCAUCCGGCCUGCCCAGCACACACCAAGCCCAGUCUCUUGGAGUUUAAAUGCAGAGGAAGAUAUUUGUGUCAAUACUUCACAUCCUGCAUCCAACAGCUUACCUGGGAGAUAGCUGCAAUAUCGUACCACUGCAAGAAUAUCAGGCCUAACUUGCUUGUGGGAGUGGGGACUGUCACCAAGAAAAAGAGGAGGAAAGCAGGUGCACAGUGCUCUUGCCAGCAGCUAGCUGUUUACAUACUAUAACAAGGCAUGGCACAAGCAGGUGAUGGGAGGAAGGCCUACCCUGACCCACAGCCACCUCUUCUGCGACCCCAGCCUAGCCACAAGGAUGCAGGGGAGACUAAGGAAACUGAAUAGCUAUGGGGCUGUUUUCUAAAAGUGCCCAAGGGGCUUAGGAGCCCUUUUUCAGAAGUACUGGCAGCCCAAAUGUUGCCAUGCUGUUUGUUUUACCUAAUACCCAAUUUACAGGGAUCUUUAUGCACUCACAACCCUUUGAGUUUCAGGAUAUUGCAGAGAGGAGCAUAGCACAGCAAAAUGUUAUCUAGCUUUAAAAAAGCUGGUGCAGGGUUAACUCAAGAGCAAGGUUUUUCUCACCUUCUCAGUAGUUUCCAUACCUGUGUCAUGGACAGCUUACCUGACUGUGGAGAAGCAUCCAGACUGUCUCUGUGUAGAGCCUGAAGUAUUGAAGAGGCAAAAUCUGUGCAGGAUUUUCUUGAUCAGCCAGGUUGUAGCAAUUAAACAGGUAUUUCACAAACAGCUGGGCUGUCCCUGCAACAGGAUCAAGAAGCCCAGAGAUAACAAGAGUCACUACAGCCAUCCUAAGGUAAACCAUUCCCACUCAUGAAUCACAUCUCCCAGUAUCUCUUCACUUCGUUAGCUUGCUGAAAAGCUGCAGGAGCCUGGAUUCCUACAGACAUAUAACCUUUGAAAAUGGUAUGGAAUUGUCUCCAAAAAUCAUACCAAGAAUUUUUGCAUGCUGCUCAGAAGAGCCCAGACUUAGAAAAUAACCACAUAGAUCUGGAAAUUAAUUUCCAGUGUUCAUUCUUCUAAACUUUCCAUUUUUUUCUGACUUGCUGCAAGUCUGAUUGAGUUAUUUCAGAAUGCAGCUAAGAAGCCAAGUCAGAAAACCUAUUAACAGUGUCAACAAGACACAGCUGAUUGCCCAGAACAGUUGACGCACAAACCCACAGAGAUUUAAAAAAAAUCCCACAAAAAACAGUCUGACAAACUUUAAGAAAAAUGGUGACCUACAAAGAUACUUUUUUCCAUCAAUUUCAAAAGGCAAAUGGUAGGUGUGACCAGAACUGUGACCUUUAUGAAACAGAGUUCUCUUGUUUAAAGUGAAGCACUUUUUUUCUUUUUUUUUUUUGUGUUUAACCAAAGGUAAAUAUAAAGUCUUUAUAUACAACAAUCCUGACAAUUGAAGCAUCAACAGUACUGAAACGUGUAUUAUAUGGUAGUGGUGAGCUCUGCCUCUGUCUGGGAGUUAGAUGUGGGUAGGGAGAAAUGUCUCAUAGGAUUUCCAAGGCUUCCACCUACUGCAAAAUUAUUUUCAGCAACACAGAAAGGAGGAUUGUAUUUGUUACUGGUCAGAUUUUGCUGUCACUCACCAUCAGCAAAAAAGCCCAGAAAAGCAACAUCUGCCCCCAUGGGGAUCAAUUCCUGAAGCAACCCGUGCCAUGGGCCUCCAAGCUGAAGGAUUGCCUGAGACUCCUUACUCUGACCAUCCAUCAGGCUUUUCUGCUGCUAACAGUUGAAUUAGUCCCUUGCUCCAAGCACAAAGCUGCAGUUUCUGAUCUUUGAGCAGGGCAGGUUUUCCCCAAAGGUCUGUCUCCUUGGGUCACAGUGAGAGGCCUGCCAAGCCAUGGGCCUUCCCAAGCAGACGAGUCCCACACAGUCAUCCCCGCACUUUCAGGAAUUCUGCCAUGUAUUUAUUUUGCAUGACAGACCUGGCUUCAGCUUUUCUGCAAGUUCUUCCUGUCCUGUACGUGACAGAGCCAAUGUACCAGGUUAAUCUCAUGAUCUUUUUUAUACUGGCCAACUGCAGUCUUCUACCUGCUUUGUCUGCUGUUCUGAUUCCUCAACACUGGCUGCAAUGGAAAAGGAAAAUUAAAAAGCUAGUGUGCAAAUACAAAUCCAGUGGGUUUAUAUCCACCACAGCCUGGUCUUUGACCCCACAGGGACAGGGGCUGCUAAGGCAACGUCUCACGGGUGGACGUGGCCCCCAGGAAGGUGCAGGGGAGGGCUGCAUCCUUGGCAGUGCAGGGUCCCCACCCUCCCAGGCUGCUUUGAAGCCUUACACUUUGUUUUCUCUGCAAAUAGACUAGGAAUGACCUAACAAGCUCCCACUCCUUUGAGCUUAAGCAGUUUUUUUUGGUCCUGCCAUGCCAGGAAAAAAAAGCCAGCAGGCAGCUUGGGUUUCUAGGCUACCAAACACACCGAGCUGCAUAGCCAGGGACAGGCUGUGGUGGGCUACCACCAUGGGCCACAUCCAAAACUGUGAUAUUGCCAAAAAAGUGCCCGUAGGAAUUUUUCAAAAAUACCAUCUUAGAUGGUGUCUCCGUCGGGCCCAUCACAAGCUGCUUUUCUUCUCCGUGAAAGCUGGCAGUGGAAAGAGACUUUGUUCUUCUGUGCAAAACCACAAUGGGCAUGGAUCCCACCCUGCCUGCCCACCCUCUGUCCUUAUUGCUCCUGGGUGAGGGAGUGGUAAGAGACAAAAGUCAUCUUGCUCUGAAUUUGUGAGUGCUGAUUAUUAUUAUUAUUAUUUUUGUUUUGUUUUGCUCAAACACCAGAAAUUGAGUUUUGGGUGCAUGUUGCCAAUAAACCGCUCCCAGGCACCAAGUGCUUUACUUCAGUAAGUUUUGUGCGUCUAGAAGAAACGAUUAGUUCCACUAGAGAGGUCCUUUUCUUUUAAAUGGAGCAUUAUUUAUCCCAACCAACAGAUCUUUGUUCAGGUGUGUUUUCUCAAAGAUACAAAUGAUAGAUCUAGCCCAUGGAAAAUGCUGCUCAGAAAGGUGAAUUUCCUGAGCAGCUGGGACUGUGACUACAUGAUUUCUCCCCAGGAUCCUAACAUGCCCGUUGCCCACAGCCCUGCAUGCUUGGUGGGUAAAUCACAUUCUGCCUUUAAAAAUUAUUUUCCACCAAUAGUUAUUUUGGGAUCAGAAUCUUUCUCACAAGGCUUCUGGGUUUUGGUUUUCUUUUUUGUUUUAUUAUUUUUUUAAUUAUUUUUAUUUUAUUUUCUGUGCUUUUUUUGGGGGGAGGAGUGUCUCAUGUGCAGUUUUACAUCAGAACAGAACAUUUCAGAAGGUCACUCUCUGAAAAGUGAGGGGUUUACCCUGUAUCCCCUUCAUGCCUGUGAUGGUUUUACCCCUAAAUGCAACAGAGUAUGCUAGUAUCUGGUCUGCCUGCAUUGCUGUCAUUGCAUUGGGGCCAAAAAGGGGGAACCCUAGCUAAAUAUUGAACUUCAAGAAUCUGCAUAAUACUUUGCACAAAUGCAGAGAACAAUUUUGACCAAAACAGUUUACGGUUUCUUUCAUGUUUUUCUAUUUUCUUUCCAUUUUUCUUUCUUCCUAAGCCAGCUCUACUUUUCUCAAUGUGAAACAUAUUCGCACCCUAGGUGCAGACUUUCUGGGAAUGAUGAAAAUGAGGUUUGGGUGUUGAUAGCAGUGUUUGAGUGAACUGCUGGUCAGAGAAGUGAAUGCUAUUUACUAUUUAUGUUGAGUGAGUCUUACAAAAAAAAAAAAAAAAAAGGAAGGGUCACUGGAAGGUUAAUGAACGAAAGUCUUUGCAGAGCAAACUGAGGACUGAAGGCUGUGUGAAUCUGAGGUAGACUGUGAGUGGUUCUGUGUGUGAGCACUGUGAGCUAGGAUACUUAGCCAUUGUACUUUAACUUGCCUUUUUUUCCUUCCCUGCAGGGAAGGGCAUCCUUGCCUUCUUUAGAGCUGAAACAAAGUCAGGUCCAUCCUCUGUCACAGUCACUCAGUCCCACUGAAGUCAGCGGACCUCAGCGUUCCUCAGGCUUGCAGGGGACUCUGUGCAGAGCUGUGCCUGUGUACAGAAAGGGGAACAAGUUAUAAUGAUGGAUCUUGGUGUGGGAUAUUCACAUUUCUACUGCCAGAUAGUCUGCUCCCUGAGGAUUACCCCAUCACUCACAAGUUCUGAACAUAUCCCCUGCAGCUCACCAAAAACCAUUGUAUUUGAUGUCUUGGGAGGCACUCAUUCCUCUUCAGAUACUGUGAUGGCCAAGAAAAUGAGCAAAGUAUCCUGCCAUGUGAAUCGUGACCUGAAGAUGGGGUUGAAAGAUGUUUGAGGGUUAGAGAAGGGAGAACAUAUUACUGGUGGAAAUGCAGAAGGAUGUGUCAUAUUUUUAUUUUUGUAAGUCUGAUUCUCUAAGUGCUUGUGAAGUACUUGACUGUUGUAUAUGUGGUGAUGCAGUAGUUCUCAAUAUCCUUUUAUUUUUGUAUAUUCCCCAUCUCCACAAUAAUCCCUUCCUGUUCAACUCAUAGAGAGUAAUUUAAAAAGACAAAAUUUAUAUAUCAUAAUAAAAUGUGCAAACUGUCA